AUGUCAAACGAUUAUGUAGCAAUUGUUACGGGUGCUAAUAAAGGAUUAGGAUUUGCUAUAGUGAAAGAUCUUUGUGAAAAUUUUAAAGGUACUGUAUACCUUACAUCACGUGACGAAACCCGUGGAAAUGAAGCAUGUGAAAUACUGAGAAAAUUAGGACUAAAACCAGAAUAUCAUCAAUUAGACGUAUCCGAUCCUCAGAGUGUCCAAAGAUUUGCAUCUUACAUUCAAAACAAGCGUGUUGAGAUUUUGAUUAACAACGCCGGCAUACUGUUUUUAAAAGACGCAAAGGAACCAAAAUUAUUUCAAGCUGAACAGACAAUUUUAACUAACUACUUUGCGUUGGUUAAUUUCUGUGAAGCAAUAUUGCCUUGCGUCAAAGAAGGCGGGAAAAUCAUUAACAUUUCAAGUUCUUCCGGGCACCUCUCAAGAAUCCCCUCGGCAGAUUUACGAAAAAGAUUCAUGUGCGAAAAUUUGACACUAAACGAACUCAAUUUAUUGAUGCGCAACUAUAUGGAAGCUGUAAAGAACAAUGAAGAAAUAGAUGAAGGCUGGGGAGAUUCGCCUUACGUUGUUUCAAAAGUAGGAGUUAAUGCAUAUACGUUUAUACUCAAUAGAAAAUUAUCAUCCAAGGGUAUUAUCGCGAAUUGCGUGCAUCCAGGCUACGUGAUGUCGGAUAUGACAAGAGGAGCCGGAAACGUUAGUCCGGAACAAGCCGCCAAAUUGGUGACGGAAAUAGCACUCAAUUCAAAAGCCGGCGGUCUAUACAUAUGGCAUAACGGGGACACCGUCAAUUGGAAUGGCCCUGACCCACGCGGGUUUAUAGACGGGAAAAUUUAA